AUGGCCUCGGCCUUGCCAGAAUUCUCCUCUACAGGAACGUUCACUAUCCACUAUUUUGCCUCGGCCUCCCAGUUCACCUCCAAAAACACCGAGCGCCUGCCCGCUCCGCUCCCACUCGCCCAGCUGCUGGAGGUGCUGGAGACUCGAUAUCCGGGCAUUCGAGAGAAAGUCCUAUGCAGCUGUAGUUUCAGCCUGGAUGAUGAGUACGUCGACGUUGAGGAGGAUGCACAGCGUGUGAUUCAACCGGGCGAAGAGGUCGCUGUCAUUCCGCCAGUCAGCUCUGGUUAA